AUGGGGAACCAGCUCAACUGCUUAGCGCAGUGCCAGACCCGGCAGGAGGGCGCGCAGAGGCUGCUGGUGCUCCAGAAAGGCGCCUACUUCAUGCGCAAGAAGUCGAUUCUGGGCCUCAGCACGGGGACGGAGCGAGUGCACGUGAAACUCGACGAGGACGGGCACACACUGUUGUGGAAGCUGCACGACUCCAUCAAGAACCCGACCAAGAUCGAUCUGCACACGGUUAAUUUGAUCCAGGCGCAGGGUAAAACUGGGCUCACUAUCACGUCACAGAAGGGUGACACGCUGCUGGAUGUGGAGGCCGACUCGGAGGAGAUUCGCGAUACUUGGGUGACGCAUCUGCAAAUGGUGUGCGAGGAUAGCAGUCCGAGUGACGAGACGGAGGAGGAGGUGCAGUCGGGUUUGAAGUUCCGCAAAAUGGUGGAGGACCGCGCCAAGAAGCAGGCGUACUGGGCGAAGCGCACGCAGGAGUUGGAGCAACGGAAGCAAGAAGCGGAAGAGCGAAAGAAGAAGUUCGCUGGCGUGGGCAUGAAAUACACCGCGCUCGCGAUGAGCAACAGGCCGGAUUCGUCAACCAAAGAUUAA